CGGCAACCUACAAUCCUACCCUAAGAAAAGAGCUGUAAGGCUGUCUUUCUCCGUUUCCGGAGACGAUCAAACCAAUCCGUGGAACUCUUCAGCUCCUCAAACGUAACCAUCAUCGUGCCAUAGACCAAAGGCUUCAGCAUGGCGUCUAUGCCUGAGCCUACGCUAACUUUGCUGCCAAAACUGUCUUUACUGUCUACCCUACUUGGUCUUUCCAAGCUUCAUCAGUCGUCUCUUCUAUGAUCAAACCAGCGCAUCUAGCUAUUUUACUACUACCUGGGCUUCGUGGAGCACUUUGCGUGGUGGCCACGGCCUUAGAUAUACCACCAAUCCCUGGGGAUCAGAAUUAUUUCGCUCCCAUGGCAAAGUUAAAAAUAAUUAGAGAAAUAUGCACCGGAGACGAGAAUGGUAGGGAUAACUGCUACGUUCGCGGCCGCCUAGCAACCGACAUGAUACUAACGGGGUCUACAAGCCGUAGCCCUUUUUCAGCCCAGUAUUUAAAGCCCUAUAAAAGUGAAGUUGAACUAUCCAAGGGUCGCGCACACUCUUCCAGCAUGCGCGCAGUUUGGAUACAAGGAGGUCAUUUACUUGCCUUGCCCACCGUGCCUGUUUUUACCAUUGCUCUGUAUCACCUUCUUUCCAGGUUCAUCUGGGCCUCGACUCUACGACAUAUUCCUGGGGCCGUGGUGGAGCAAAUACCUGGGGAUCCGGAUUGCUGUUGCUGGAAUGCGAGGGCGCCGCACUAAGCAGAUCGCGGCAUGGCACAGACAAUACGGCCCGGUCGCUUGCGUGACUCAGAAUCAGAAACAACCGUUAGAUGAGCGAUGUUUU